GCGGCUGAAAGGCGGAAGUGGAGGCCGGAGCCUGGGACACCGCCGGGGGGAGAGGAGCGAAACCUGUCCGAGCCCCGGCCCCGAGUAACGCCGCCGACCCCGGAGCCGCUCCGGAGGCCCCCUCCCCACAAGUGCCUCUUUGCAUAACUCUGGCCUCCAGCCUGCACUCACUGGUCCCAGCACACGAGACAGGCCAUGGCGGGUCGGGGAGGCGCAGCGCGACCCAAUGGACCGGCCGCCGGGAACAAGAUCUGUCAGUUCAAGCUGGUCCUGCUGGGGGAGUCUGCGGUGGGCAAGUCCAGCCUGGUCCUCCGCUUUGUCAAGGGGCAGUUUCACGAGUACCAGGAGAGCACAAUUGGAGCGGCCUUCCUCACACAGACAGUCUGCUUGGACGACACAACGGUGAAGUUUGAGAUUUGGGACACAGCGGGACAGGAGCGGUAUCACAGCCUCGCUCCCAUGUAUUACCGGGGGGCCCAGGCUGCCAUCGUGGUCUAUGACAUCACCAACACAGACACAUUCGCACGGGCCAAGAACUGGGUGAAGGAGUUACAGAGGCAGGCCAGCCCCAACAUCGUCAUCGCGCUCGCCGGCAACAAGGCGGACCUGGCCAGCAAGAGAGCCGUGGAAUUCCAGGAAGCACAAGCGUAUGCAGAUGACAACAGUUUGCUGUUCAUGGAGACAUCAGCAAAGACCGCAAUGAACGUGAAUGAAAUUUUCAUGGCGAUAGCUAAGAAGCUUCCCAAGAAUGAGCCCCAGAAUGCAGCUGGUGCUCCAGGCCGGAACCGGGGUGUGGACCUCCAGGAGAACAACCCAGCCAGCCGGAGCCAGUGCUGCAGCAACUGAGCCCCCCUUGCCCGCCCACUGCCCCCGCCUCCUCCGCCUGGAUGACCCGACUGGAAUCCACUCUAACCAAUCGCACUUAACGCCUCGGGCCACCGCUGGGGGGCAGGGGGAAGGGUCCGCCAUGAUUUCUCCAUAUAACUUUGAUCAUAGGCCGGAGUGAGUUAUUCCACCUGCACCUUUCUGUACAAAUACUAAUUCAAUUUUAAGUCUUCAGUCACUUUUUUAAUAUAUAUGAUCUGCUCUUCCCAUUUCCUCCCCUCUCUGCUGGACUCCCACUGUCCUCCGCUGGGAGUGGCCACGUGCUCCUGGACCCCAGCCUUGGCCGAGGGGCCGAGGGGGUUGCAGCAGGUCCCCUGCCUUUCCCUCCUGCCCAGUAGCAGACUCAACAGGAGCCCCGGCGCCCUUCCCUUGUGUGGAGCUGGCUUGGCUGGGGCUGUGGGGCAGGCCUUGGGGCUAGGGGAGGGAGAGGCAGCUCCUCCCUCAGCGCUGUCACCGGGCUGCAGCCCCUCCCUGCCCCUGAGGCCCCGCUGGGAGAGAAGCUGCAGCAUCACCACAGCAUUACCGCGACAGCCAUGAGCCCACUGCCCAUGACCCCUCCACCCUCGGUCACCCUGACCUCUGGCCCUGAGCCCGGUUCCGACCAAAUCACGAUGACAAGUAUUUGGGGGUGGGUGGGUAAGGGGGGAAGUGGGAGGGGAUGGAACCAACUUUUUCUGUAUUUUGUAUUGUAUGUUUUCUUCAACAUGUAACCAAUCAGUAUCUUGUCAAUAUAGUCAGCCGAUCGA